AUGGGAAAGAAGCGAUCUAGAGAACAAGACGGACUGUCUGGAGGUCCGUCUGCCAAGUCUGCCGACAAGAUGGACGAGGACGACAGCGACGAAGAGGAUUUUGACAUGGUCGAUGUCGACUUUGAAUGGUUCAACUACGAUCCCGAAAUUGACUUUCACGGCGUCAAAUCCCUCUUGCGACAGCUCUUCGACGUCGAUGCCAGCCUCUUCAACAUGUCGCUCCUGGCCGAUCUCGUCCUGUCGCAACCCACAAUCGGCUCGACUGUCAAGGUCGACGGCAAAAACACUGAUGCCUACGCAAUGCUUUCAGUCUUGAAUACCGCUGUUCACAAGGAUGCCGACACCAUGAAGGAUGUUCUGCCGUACCUGGUCGAGAAAGCCGGAACCAACGCCGCUCUGGCUCCCGUCGCGGAGCUCAUCAACGCUAACAAGCACGUUGGCCUCAUCUUUUCUGAGCGCUUCAUCAACAUGCCCUCUGAGAUUGCUCCACCGCUGUACUCCAUGCUCAUUGACGAGGUUGAGGCCGCGGUCGAGGACAAGGAGCCGUACGAGUUUUCUCACUACCUGAUUCUCACGCGCACUUACACCGAGGUCGAGUCGACGCUCGACAUUGAGGACCGGAAAAAGAAGAAGGCCAAGGAGGAGGCUUCCACAUUUUACUUCCACCCUGAAGACGAGGUGCUGCAAAAGUAUGCAGUCGCCUUUGGUGGAUUUGCCUACACCAAGGAGGGCGACGCUGUCGCCGACAGCAAGCGCGCGUUCCAGGAGAUGGGAAUCAAGGCCCAAGGACACAUGAUUCUUAUUGAGGCCGCCAAGUUCUCGGAGGCAAUCAAAGCAGUCAACGAUUAUAUAAAUCCCGGGAAAUAG